CCGCGCCGGAGAUUCGCGCCCAGCGGAGUUCCUCGGGGGGCAAGCGGCGUUUCUUAACCCCGAACGAGCCGGCUCGACCCUCGGGCAGCUGGAAGGGAGGGGUCCUUGGAAAAUACUGGCGAGGCAAGGGGUCCGUCGGGGCACCUGAGCACGCGGGGCGGCGGGGCAGGGCAGAAAGGGGGAGCCGGACCUGAGCGUGCAGGGCGAGCGAAGGCACCAUGAGGCGCGUCUCCGCUGGCCUGGCCGCCUGGUGGGGGCUGUUCGCGGGGAGCCUCUUCGCCGACGGCGGGGCCGGGAAGGGCGGCGUGCCCCGACUUCGCCUCUCCUAUAAAGAUCUUUUGGCCACUAACCGCUCACUCCUGUUUCUUGGCCACCGAGGAAUUUUAGAUUUCCGAUCCUUGUACCUUGAUGAAUAUCGUGACCGGUUGUUCAUUGGAGGAAAAGAUACACUUUACUCUCUUCGGCUGGAUCAAUCCAACAUGGAUGCCAAGGAGAUUUACUGGCCACCUCUCCCUGGGCAGAAAGAAGAAUGUUUUCAAAAAGGAAAAGACCCAGUGACGGAAUGUGCCAACUAUAUCAGAGUCCUUUACCCUUUGAAUCGGACACACCUCUUUGCCUGUGGAACUGGAGCUUUCCACCCCAUCUGUGUCCUCAUCUAUGUAGGACACCGAGGAGAGCAUGUGUUCAGCUUGGACCCAACAAGCAUAGAAAGUGGCCGAGGCAGAUGUCCUCAUGAGCCCAACAGGGCUUUUGCAAGCACUUUCAUUGGUGGAGAUUUGUACACUGGACUAACUGCAGAUUUCUUGGGCAGGGAUUCUGUGAUCUUCCGAACCAUGGGGCACCGCUCCUCUCUGCGCACUGAGAUGGACCAGAGGCUGCUUAACGCACCCAAGUUUGUUGCUGCUUAUUUGAUCCCAGACAAUGAUGAUCGGGAUAAUGACAAAGUUUACUUCUUCUUCACUGAGAAAUCAGCCGAGUCUGACGGCAAAGGACGUGCCAUCUUUAGCCGUGUAGGGCGGAUCUGUGUGAAUGACGCUGGGGGGCAACGAGUGCUAGUCAACAAGUGGAGUACCUUCAAUAAAGCCCGGCUGGUAUGCUCUGUCCCAGGACCGGAUGGUAUUGACACAUAUUUCGAUGAACUAGAGGAUGUCUUUCUUCUGAGGACUAAAGACGGGAAGAGUCCUGAGGUCUAUGCACUAUUUAGCACCAUCAGCAAUGUGUUCCAGGGUUUUGCUGUCUGCGUAUAUCGUAUGGCAGAUAUCUGGGAGGUUUUUAAUGGACCGUUUGCUCAUAAAAAUGGCCCGGACCAUCAGUGGUCAGCCUAUGAGGGCAAGGUGCCUUACCCAAGGCCAGGAGUUUGCCCCAGCAAAACCACCAACCAGCCGCGUCGGCAGUACUCCUCCACUAAGGACUACCCUGAUGAAGUUCUACAGUUUGCCCGUGCCCAUCCACUGAUGAGCAAAUCGGUAUAUCCGCUACAUCGGCGACCUGUGCUAGUGAAAACCAACUUGCAGCACCGUCUGCGACAGAUAGUGGUGGACCGUGUGGAAGCUGAGGAUGGGCAGUAUGAUGUCAUGUUCAUCGGCACAGAUGCUGGCUCAGUACUGAAAGUCAUAGCCCUUCAGAGAGGGAACUUUGCUGCAGCUGAAGAAGUUAUUCUGGAAGAGCUUCAGGUGUUUAAGGUGCCAAUUCCCAUUACUGAGAUGGAAAUCUCCGUCAAACGGCAAAUGCUUUACGUGGGCUCCCGAGUGGGAGUGGCUCAAGUGAAACUGCACCAAUGUGACACAUAUGGGACAGCCUGUGCAGAGUGCUGCCUGGCGCGGGACCCUUACUGUGCCUGGGAUGGCUUGACCUGUACCCGGUACCAACCAUCCAGCAAGCGCCGUUUUCGCCGUCAGGAUAUCCGGAAUGGGAACCCCAUGCACCAGUGUCUGGAUCAAAACUUGACGGUGGACGACUUCGACAGAACGGAGGAAAAAGUGGUGUAUGGGACAGAGCACAACAGCACCUUCUUAGAAUGCAUCCCCAAGUCACCCCAGGCUGCAGUGCAGUGGUUUGUACACCGGUCCCCUGAGGAGCUAAGAGAUGAGGUGAAAACAGAUGAUCGGAUCAUGAAGACGGAGCAAGGACUGCUGUUCCGUAAGCUGUUCCGUCAGGAUGCGGGAACGUAUUACUGCAAGGCUCAUGAGCACGGCUUCUCUCAGAUGGUCACAAAAAUCGUGUUGGAAGUGAUCGAGAGUGAGCAACUGGAGCAGGUCUUCCAGCGGGAACAGGAGGAGGAGCUGCCGCGCCCGCCUUGCCGAGGUCCCGAUCCCCGACUCCUUCACGGGCAAAGGAUGUGGUUCAAAGACAUCAUGCACCUUAUUGGCUAUGCCAACCUGCAGAAGGUGGAGGAGUACUGUGAGCGAGUGUGGUGUGGAGACCGCCAACUGAGGCACAAAGGCCGCCCCCUCAAGAGCAAGAACAUGCUGGAUGGCGGCAGAAAGGGCAAGGGCAAGCAGCACAGCGAGAGGAACCGGGUGCCUAGGCAAGCGGCGGCCACCUAAGAGCAGAGGGAGCCAGCCAGCCGAAAGGACGGAAGGAGAACAUGAGAGGCGAAAGAAAUACCAGUAUGGACUGAGCAUCCUCCUCCUGAAUGAAACCAACCCUUCUAGGAAUUGUCCUCCUGAUAGGGCUGGUCCGGGUGGAAGGGACCAACGUUGCCGAUCAGCUGCACCUAGAGGUGCCCCCUCUCCGAAAGCAUGCCUUCUGCCUCAAGGAUUCAAAAGGACACAACAAAAAUCACCUUCUAUCCCAGCUUGAUGUCUUUCACUCAAGCCUCGUGGAGGAGUGGGGUUGACAGGCUGGAAGAUACUAGGGAAACAUGCAGUUCAGUCAG